AUGGCUUCCUCCCUCAUCGCACGACAGACGCUCUCUGCUCUCACCUUCAGCACAGCAGUGAAGGGCGCGUCUCUCUCAACCAAUCGCCUGGCAGCAGCUCCCGUCAUUGUUCCCCGCGGACAUGGUGUCACCGCCCUCCUCGGGUUCAACAAAACCGCAGUUCCCGUCAAAUCCACCCCUGUGAAGAAGCAACUCCGCACAGAGGACGGUAUCUUCGGCACAUCCGGCGGCUUCGGCUUCACGAAAGCCAACGAGCUCUUCGUCGGCCGCGUGGCGAUGCUCGGAUUCGCCGCGUCGCUCCUCGGCGAAGCGGUAACUGGGCAAGGAAUACUUUCGCAACUCAACCUCGAAACCGGGAUCCCCAUUACGGAAGCCGAGCCGCUCCUCCUCUUCUUCAUCGCAUUCACCGUGCUCGGUGCGAUCGGCGGGCUGGGCGAUCGCGGGAGAUUCGUUGACGACGAGGCGCCUGCGGGUCCGCCGGUGAAGCCGGGGAGCUUCAAGGCCGCGCUUGGGCUGAGUGAGAACGGCCCGCUGUUCGGAUUUACCAAGGCGAAUGAGCUAUUCGUGGGGCGCAUGGCGCAGCUAGGGUUUGCGGCAAGCUUGAUUGGUGAGGUGAUCACCGGGAGAGGCGCUUUGGCGCAGUUGAAUAUCGAGACUGGGUUGCCUAUUUGGGAGUUGGAGCCUCUGCUGCUGGCGAGUAUCGCUUUCUUUUUCGUCGCGGCUAUUAACCCCGGUACAGGGAAGUUUAUCAACGAUGAAGAGUAA